AUGAUAAAUAUUAGAAAUAAAAGACUUGAUUAAUCUUAACUUACUUGUGGUAGAUAAUCUGUUAAUAGUUCUAUUGCAACUUAAGGAAAAGAUUACCAUCAAUUAGAGAAAUCAUUCUAUUAAAUAAGUUAGGAAUAGAAAGUUAAAUAAUAUACAUUACCUGCUCUUUAAGAAAAAAAAGGAUUGUUUGAAUAAAUCUUUGUGGCUGUUCAUGAGAAAUUGAAUGAUGAUUUUAAAAAUACAAUAUUUAGACAGACUCAAUACAAAACAUUAAUUAAAAAUAGUAAUAAAACAUUAAAAUUGAAAACUAAUAAUACUAAAAUAAAAUUCAAGAGACAAUAAUCAGUUAUUGAAACUAAUAUCAAUUAGAAUUGUAUGAUUAAAGGAAAUUGGAUAACUUGUGAAUAAAAUUGGUUUCCAUAAUUUAGAGAAUUUGGAUAAAUGGUAUCACAUUAAGGAUCUAUAUAUUUAAGUGGAGGCUUUGGCAAUUCAGUAAAUAAUGAUUUUUGUUAAUUUGAAACAAGUAAAAUAUUAUUUAUUCAAUUAGUAAGCAAUAAAUGGACUUCAUUAUAAAAUGUCACUCCAAGAUAUGGUCAUACAAUGACUUCUAUAUCAACAGAUUUAUAUGUGAUAGGAGGAGAAUAAAUUAAUAAUUAUGGACCUCUUAGAUCAAAAUGUUUUGUAAAUGAAAUAUAAAAAUUUGAUGGUGAAAGAUGGUACACUAUUAAAUAUACAGGAAUAUUUUAAAUGAGAAAGUAUCAUGCAGCUGUUAAUUAUAAAGAUUCAAUAUUCAUUAUAGGUGGUGAAGGAUUUAAAAAUAAAGUUCUUAAUGAUAUUAUGAUAUUUGAUACUGUUCAUUCUAGAUUUCAUGAAGUUCCUAAUCCCAAAAAUAUAUUUUCUAAAGGAAUUAUGCAUACAGCUAUUGUUGAAGUCUAAGAAACAAUAUAUUUAUAUGGUGGAGUUAAUUAAAAUGAUGAAGUUUAUGAUUAACUUUAUACAUAUGAUUCAAUUUAAAAUUGGAAACCUAAAGAAACUAUUGGAUCAAAGCCUCCAAAAUUAAUGAUGCAUACAAUGGUUUAUUAUGAUCCAUUUAUUUUAUUAUAUGGAGGGAAAAUAGAUGAUUUAUAAUAAACCACUUUCUCAAAUUAAAUCUAUGCAUUAAGAAAUAAUGAAUGGUUUAUUAUCUAAUAGGAAGGGGCAAUACCUUAACCUAGAGCUGGUCAUUCUUCUUGUAUUGAUGGUAAAUUAAUAUCUAUAUUAUAUAGGCAAUAAAUUACUUAUAUUUGGAGGAUUCAAUUAUGAUGGAUAUCUCAGUUGUUAGAUGUAAAUUAUGGAAUUUAAGAGAGUGUAUUAAAUUAAUAGAAUAGUAUCCUUGCCUGCUUUAAAAUCAGAACCUGCUGAAAGUUCUUAAGGUUAAAGAAAGACAUUUCUACUUAAAACAAGAUUUAAUUUACUAAAAUGA